UGCGGCGGCGGCGGCGGCGGAGCGGGCGGCCUGGGAGGGAGCUGCUGCUGCAGGAGAGCCUGGAGCCCCGGCCAGGGCGGGGGCCGCCCCCGAUGCAGGAGAAGGCCCCGGCCCGGGCACCUGCGGCAGCAUGGCGGGCGAGGUGGAGGAGAUCACGCGGCUGCGGAAGCCGCGCUUCUCCUACGAGGAGAACCAGAUCCUGAUCCAGGAGGUGCGGGCCAACUACUCGCAGCUGUACGGCACGCAGAGCCGCCGCGUCACCGUGGCCGAGCGCCGGCGCGUCUGGGAGGGCAUCGCCGCCAAGAUCAACGGCAUCACCAGCUGGAAGCGCACGGGCCAGGAGGUGCAGAAGCGCUGGAACGACUUCAAGCGCAGGACCAAGGAGAAGCUGGCCCGGGUCCCCCACUCCACGCAGGGCGGCGGCCCCGGGCCCGGAGCCUCCGAGGACGCCUUCUCCGCCGAAGAGGAGACCAUCUUCGCCAUCCUGGGGCCCGGCGUGGUGGGCGGCCCCGAGCUCCCCACGGGCCCCUCGGCCCCCUUCCCCCCGCCCGCCCCCGCAGGCCCCUUCCCGCAUCGCUACCUGCUCGGGGGAGAGCAGCGCCCGGCGGAAACCUCUGUCCGAAGCAAGGCCUGCAGCAGCCCCGAGCCCUCGGCCCGCCCCCCCUGCUACCCCUUGGACGGCGUCCUUCUUCGUCCCAAAGAGCGGGACUCCCCGCCUCCCCCUCCCGCCCCCGCCCCGGAUCAGGCGGCCCUGCAGGUUGUGCAGCUCCCGCGGCUGGCCCCGUCGCCGCCGCCCCGACCCCCGUGUCCGGGGCCCUCUCCUUCCAGCCUCCCGCCACAGCCCCCCCCAUCAUCCUCUCUCGACCCCUCGCUGGACUUCCUCCGUGCCCAGCGUGAGACGGCCGAGGCGAUCCGGGAAUUGGAAGGCACUUUGCGCCAGGGACUGGCUAAGCUGAGCGAUGUCCUCAGCGCCCUCCUGCCCCUCUUGGCCGGCCCGGAGCCCCCCGCGCCCCUUCCCGCAGCCAGGCUGGCCCCGACCCACCCCAAGGUGGAGAGCCCGCCCGAGCCGGCGGCAUUGGCUGUCGAGGAAGGAGAGGAAGCAGUUGUGGUGGGGACCCCCCCUGGGGAGGAGGGGGGCACCCGGCCUCCUUUAUCCAGAGAUUCACCUCCAGUGAAGAGGAGGAAAGGCUUCCCAGCACGAAAACGGAGGGGAAGGUGGAAGAACAUGUGACUGCUCCGCUUGGGGACUGAGGAAAGGGAUUUGUCCCCACAAAUUUGGGGACAAAUCCCCAGCCGUUGUCCCACCUGCCUGCUCCCACUCUCCCCCGCGCUCUCCCCUGCUUGGCCCACUUCAGGGGGAGGGGGAGACCAACACUGCUUGUAACCAAUUCCGGUGGGCUCCGGCCCCUUCAGCUGCUCCUCCCUGUCGCCCCGAGUCCCCACCGGCCCCCUGGGGGCUGUGCCACCCACAAUCCCUGUCUAGUGCCUGAUUUUCUUUAGCGUUAGUCACAGGUUUCAUAGGAUUUGGAGGCGGAGGGGAUUUUGGGGUCCCCCCGGCCCAGCCCCUCCUUAGAGAGAGGAGGAACAUGAAACUUGAAGAGUUGGAGGCCCCCCCAUGGAGUCAGGGGCAGAUUCAACCUCAACCCCCUCCUGCCUGGGAUGCAGGGUCCUUUCCCAUGAUGCCAUGCUGCCUCCCCUUAGCCACACACAUGCCCUGCUCCCCGAGUUCACAGCCUUAGGAGUAUCCCCAUCUUUGAUGCGCAGAGCUCAGUUUAAUCUUAUUUAUUGCUGUUCUGUGGGAGGUGGGGUGGAGGGUCUGUGCCCCCGCUGCAGGGGCUCCACCGCUGUGCCUGCACAGGGACUGAACCCCGCAGGGGGAACCUCUGGAGCCCCGGGCCCUCCUAGCACACCAAAGGGGUAGAGACCCGGGCCCUCCCGCUAAUACUUCGGGCCCACCUCCUUCCCCCCAAGAACAAAUAUCAAUAAACUAUUUUUUAAUACAAA